UCUGGCUAAUCACUCUGCUUACUGGUUUGUGGAAUGGAUCUAUUUCCCUGAUGGGGGGUUGUUUGAUGCCUCAGGAGUGGUAAAUGUAAACUAGAGCCAAAGAUCUACUAAACUAUAUGAAGUUUUUUUUUUGUGCUUUGUGCCUAGUAGGAAAUGGCAAAGGCAGUGAGGCAAGACUUGUGUGUGGCUCAUUGUCCCACACUGACAGCAUAGUGCAGUGGGGCUGCUGCUAUGAGUGCUGGGGCUGCAGGACUGUAGGAAAAGGGCAGACACUUUUUUGCACUCAGCUUUUUUUUUUCUUUUCUUCUACUGUCUCCUGAUCUAACCCAGAUGAGUUCCUAUUUUGUAAAUCCGCUCUACUCCAAAUACAAAGCAGGAGAUGCCAUAAAUCCGUCUUUCUACGACUGUCAUUUUGCCCAAGAUGUUAGCAGCAGGCACUCUCUGGUGUUUAGUGCCAGUCCAAGUCUCCAGCACCCCAACCAGGACUUCUACCACCCUGGGAACCCAACAGCAGGCAUCCCGAACCCUGCAGGCUAUCAGCAGGCUCCUUGUGGGAUUACUUGUCAUGGUGACCCCACUAAAUUUUACGGAUACGAUAACUUACAGAGACAGCAGAUUUUUACGACACAUCAAGAGGCCGAGCUGGUCCAAUAUCCUGACUGUAAAUCGUCCAGUGGUAAUAUUGGAGGGGAUCCAGAGCACUUAAAUCAGAACUCUUCUGCUUCUCAAAUGUUCCCCUGGAUGAGACCACAAGUAGUCCCUGGUAGAAGGAGAGGGAGACAAACAUACAGCAGAUUCCAAACGCUGGAGCUGGAAAAGGAGUUCUUGUUUAACCCUUACCUAACCAGGAAGAGGAGAAUUGAGGUAUCUCAUGCACUAGGACUGACAGAAAGACAGGUCAAAAUUUGGUUUCAAAACAGAAGAAUGAAAUGGAAAAAGGAGAAUAAUAAAGAAAAAUUCCCAGUCUCCUCCCAAGAGGCCAAAGAAGACGCAAAAGGAGAAGCAGAAGUGGACAGAGGAGGAGAGACUAAUUGACUUCCCUGUUUGAGACUUGUCAUAUAUUAAAUGGUAUGGGGAGUAUACAAUUGCCUAAUCCGAUAUAAUCCACUAAUCUGCACAAAUCACAAUGGAUAAAACUACCUAUUUUAGCAAGCAGCAGCACUAUUAGAUAUUCCUCAGUGCUAUGCAAGUACAAGAUAAUGAUGGGAGUUGUAGUAGUUCCGCAAACACUGUGGGGCACGCAGAUUAAAGAGCUGCUGCAAACCUGUGUCCUUAAAUUUACUAUCUAUACAAAUAAGAUAAUAGCACAAUGUAGGAAAUAUGCCAUGUAAUAAUUAAAUAUUUUAAUUCUGAAUAUUGAAAAAUAAAUAACCUAUAUAUAUAUAUAUAUUUAUAUUUAUAAGAACAGACAUAAAGCAAUCAGAAUCAUGUGCACUCUAAUGAUUUAGUAAAUUUGUCAAAAUAUUCACAAUCGACUAUGAAUUGAUAUUUGUAUUUUUAUAUUUUUUGCAACGGUGAAUAAUCAAGAUAGGGCAUUCAACUGUGUUUAUUAAGUGCAUAUAAAUUAAAUUUUAUACAAAAUAAACAUACGCAAGUAUUUUUUUUUUCCUCUCAAAACAAUCGGUGUAUAGGAAGCCACUGCCAACAUCUCAUUUGUUCCAGAUAACAUGAUGCAUCAGCUGUUUUAUGGCGUCUAGAGGAUCUCUAUAUAGAGCUGGGAUUAAAUACGGCUGUGUCCAGUUGUCUUUUGUCUUCUAGUGUUCACUUCUCCGGCGUCCAGAAACCGGACAGAAAAACGUAGCUUGCAACGUUUUUCUGUCUGGCGCAAUGAGAAGUCCAGACACACUUUAUACACCGGACACAAAACUGACCUUCCCUGACUUGUAUAUGGGAAGAAUGCUGCUUUAUUAUGUACCGACAAUAUGGGGGAAGACAUGCAGAAUAACAAAUACACUAAAAGAAACACUGAAAUAAUGGAAAGCUAAAUACUGGUGGUAUCUAUCUAUCUAUCUAUCUAUCUAUCUAUCUAUCUAUCUAUUAUCUAUCUAUCUAUCUAUCUAUCUAUCUACCUA